AUGGCAGACAACACACCAUGGACAACGGAGAUACAACCACCACCAGGCAGGAAAACAAAACUAUCUCUCCCAAACCAAACAACAGCCAACCCACCAGUAUUCAACGAUGCCAUGAUCGUACGCACUCGCGUAUUCAUCGACGAACAAAACUGCUCUCCAGAAGGAGAAAUCGAUUCCGACGACGCAAGAAGCUGGCAAUGGGUCCUAUAUGCCUCCGAGUCUGAGUCCGAGUCCGAGACAACAAACCCAAUUGCAGUGAUUCGACUCGUGCCUCCUCCACACCCACCUCAUGAUUUACUCACAUGCCCUGAUACCGCAUCUGCAUCUACGGGAAAUUUACCGAAGUAUGACUGGGUCCAUGAGCCAUGCAUCAAAUUAACGCGCGUGGCGGUCAUGCCUGGGUAUCGUGGGAAGGGCCUUGGACGACGUCUAGUUGAGAUAGCACUAGCUUGGGCGAGCAGCCAUGCGAGGGAGAUUGACGACGCCGCUGCUAAGCUCGCAGCUGAAUCUAAUGAAAGUGCAUCUUUGAAGAAGUGGCAAGGGUUAGUCCUUGUUCAUGCCCAGGUGGACGUGGAGAAGAUGUACGGCGGGUUAGGAUUUCAGACAGAUAAGGAACUUGGAAAAUGGGAUGAAGAGGGGAUUGAUCAUGUAGGGAUGUUUAAACGGAUAGAUAUAUCCCAUUAA